AUGCCCCUGGGACCCUCGUGCCCCAGGAGGAGGGUGGGCAGAGGGGACGCGCCGAGUUGGGAGGACCGAUGGGAUUGGCUGGAGGAGGGCCGGGCCCUGAGGAGAAGCAGUUUCCAGACUGUAGGGACAAGCCAGCGGGUGGCCAAGUUCCUGGGAUGUGGGCCGUGCGUCUCUGUGGGGACGCCGGGCACGGGGCCCGCGACCAGAGCGUGUGGGCCGGGCCUGGGGUGGCCGGCAGCCAGACCCUCUCCUGGCCACUGGGAAGAGCGUCAGGAGCGAGGUCAGACGAGGCUGGGCUGGGUCCCGUGGCCGCUGCCCACGAAGCCCGGCUCCCCGGCCCGGCCGCAGGCUGGCGGAGCUGUGUUCCCGGGAACACCUAGAAACCCCAGCUGCUUGGAAACACUGUGGCGUUGCCAUGCGCGGGUCUCCUCCAGGCCGGCCCAGGAGGCCUGGAGCCCAGGGCUGUGGAAUGUGGGCCCCCCCGGGCCCCCCGAGCUGCUGAAGGGACUGACUCAGAGCCCAGCCGGUUCCUGCCACCGAGCGCUCCCUCACCCGGGCCCAGGAGCGCGCGGUGUCCGCAGGCGUGGAGAGGAGAGGGCCUGCGUUCCAGACCCUGCGCUGGAAUGUUCUCCCUGACGGUGUGAGCUGCGUCCUGUGCCCCAUUUCAGCUGCGGCCGCAUUCCUGGUGUGAGCAGGGGCCAGCCCAGCGCGCUUUUUCCACGCUCCGGUGCCAGCCCCCUUGG